AUGAGACUUCAAUUUAUUACCCUCCUCACAGUCCUUGUGACUCUGAUCUCCUGCAGUCGGGCUCUUGAAAAUUCGGCUAGUCAUUCGGAUCUCGACACCCGCGACAUCGACGACGGCUAUAUUAACCUUUCGGUGGGUGUUCGCAUGAAACGGGACGAAAGCAGCGCUUCGUCCAUAGAUAAACGCUCCGGAUCCCUUCCGUCUACACCACUUCUUCUCCGAAGAAACCCUGAAACCGGAAAGAUGGCCUGGCCUGGAAGCUUUUCCGAGGCGCUCACGAUGGCCAAGAGAGACAUACCCGAGAUGAUCAAGAGCUCCCUUCAACGUCGUACAGCGCGAGCUCGAAGAGCCAUGAAGGUUGUAAUCACCUGGUACACUGGCCACGAUCUUCUUUUCCCGUCUUGCUUUCCCGAUGACGCCAACUGGGCACCCACUGACGACUCCAUGGUGGCUGCAGUUACUAUUGAAUGGCCAGGAAAGCCCAAGUGCGGUUCGUUUGUCAGGAUUCACCACCACUCCAAGAAGUCCAAAUCCAUUGUUGUCCGUAUCGUCGACACCUGCGCCGGCUGCCCACCUGGACAACCCCAUCUUGACCUUACCAAAGCCGCUUUUGAGAAGCUCUACGAUGAAGACGUGGGUAUGGUCGCAGGAUUGAAAGCUAAAGUUAUUCCCUGUCCGUCCAAAUAUGAGAAUGACUGGAAUGACGAUGUGAUCGGCCGCUUUGGUCCUCAGCACCCCAUUGCCUCGAUGACCUAA